UAUUCUGCUAUCAGAGUAGGGAUGAACUAGGAGAUCUUGUUCAUUUCUGAAUCCAAAACUCAUGGAAGGAAACUAGUAUUAAUUGGGAUUUUAAAAAAAGGCGCAGGUAAACAUUUCCAGGCGCAGGAGAAAAAGUAACUGCUGAAGCCAGGUCAAAAAAAGAAAAUCUAGAAAGAGCGGCUCACAAUAAUUUGGCAAAUUCCAAGUUAUCAAAACAGGCAAAUAGCUUAAGAGUAAAAAACAAGAAACAGUUGGCAAACUCUAAUAAAGGACAUGUGGUAAAUUAAUCAAUCUUGACUAUGCCCCCAAAGAAAAUGCAGGAGCACAUGAUUAAAAGGCACAGGGGCCAGAGGUGUGGGUUAGUGCUCUGUAGCUAUAUUCCUUUUCAGUGAGGUUCCCCGAUGAAUAUUGUGGAGUAACCCCAUCAGGAUACUUUUUUACUUUUAAGAGUAAACUUCCAAAUGUGUUAUCAGCAGCUUGUCUGUGGACCCUGGGGAAAGUGUGGGGAAGCCAACUAAGCAUCUGCUGGAACAUUAUUUUCUUUUAAUUACUAACACGAUAAAAACCUGUGAAAUUUACUGUGAACUUUAAUGUAGCAUUGUGACUUCCCACAUAAACCUGCAAUCGUGCACCCAACACAGAUUUUAACAAUGUGGCUUUCAUUCACUGCUCAUCCCUAUUCUUCUGUAAGCUAAUAUAUAGGUUUACUUCUAGAAAUGUAAUGCAUUAUUUUAAGGGGGAAAUUGUCUCAUUUUUUUCUUAUAAUUCCUUUUAUUACCACUUACUUACUUUAUAAUUUGCAUGCUGGUAGCAAGAGCAAGUUUGACUACUGAUUUUCUACAUAUUUGAUCCCUUCUGUCCAAAAGGAAUUUUUCCACCAGGCUACUGGGAAUCAAAAUAUAGACAGUAAUUGGAACUGUCAACAAUGAGUAGACAUUUAAUGUCCAUCAUUUGGGCUGGACAUGCUAAUAUAGGCAUAUUGUCAGAUGAUCAAAAGCUCCAGUUUCCUUCCCUUGAUUGCUAAUACUAUCUCUUCCUCCUCAGUGGGAUGGGUAUGCUCCUGUUAUUAUAUAUAAAUAUUGAAAGGCCAUAACAUGACUUUUAUCAUUAUGCAGAGGACGGGAAUCCAAGCUGCAAUUAUUUUUGCAGAGUUAUAGGGAGUAGAUGUAGAGAUGGCAUGUUUGUAUAACUUAUAUCAGCUUGGUUAUAAAGGAAAUAAAACCAUCAGGCAGUGCAUAAAAAUUACUAUUGAAAUUCAGCCCUAUUGUUUCCCCUCCCAAAACUGGUGACUAUACAAAUGGUGUUUUAAGGUGGAGAUGGCUACAGACUAUAUAACUUGCUAUGUAUUAAUUUGUGAUGCACUGGGACAUAUAAUAGAUGAAUCCUUAAUGGUGACUUGUGGAACAUAGAACAGUACAGCACAGUACAGCACUUCAGCCCACGAUGUUCUGCCGACCUAAUAUCCUACUAAGAUCAAUCUACCCUACAUACCCCACAUUUUACUAUCCUCCAUGUGCCUAUCCAAGAGUCGCUUGAAAGUCUUUAAAGUAUCUGACCCCACUACCACUGCUGGCAGCGCAUUCCACACGCCCGCCAUUCUGUGUGUAUAGAACCUACCUCUGACAUCUCUCCUAUACCUUCCUCCAAUCAUCUUAAAAUUAAGCCCCCUCGUGAUAGUCAUUUCUCCCCUGUGUAAAAGUCUCUGACUAUCCACUCUAUCUAUGCGUCUCAUCAUCUUGUCAACCUCUAUCAAGUCACCUCUCAUCCUUCUUCACUUAAAUGAAAAAAGCCCUAGCUCCCGCAACCUUUCCUUAUAAAAUUUCAGCACUAAUUUUUAAUGAUACCUUUGAGGUUGUCUAACAGGUUGUAUACCCACAGAAUAAGCAAAGAUUCAAGGAUUUUUCUUGGUUCAUUUUGUUUUGAAGUCUUUUGGAUCUGCAUAAUUUUUGUUUAAGUUUGUAAUAGCUAGUAAGUUCUAAAUCACUUGAACUUGUAGAUUUGUGUGCACUGUAUUUUGGAUUGGCUUGACCAAAGUUUGCUGGUUGAGUCUUAACUCUCCUUUUAGAGAAAUGAAAUAAUCGUAUAAUGAACAAAAACAAAGUUGCUGGAAAAGCUCAGCAGGUCUGGCAGCAUUUGUGAAGGAAAAAACAGAGUUAACGUUUUGGGUUCAGUGACCCUUCCUCAGAACUGAGGACCUGAAACAUUAACGCUGUUUUUUCCCUUCACAGAUGCUGCCAGACCUGCUGAGCUUUUCCAGCAACUUCUGUAAAUCAGGAACAAUCAUAAUUUAUCAGAUUCUAAUAGAGAAGGGAAAGUGCAAUCUUACACACUGUACCAGCCAGGAAAAUUAUACAUUAUAAACUAUAAGUUACUCCUAAUGGGGAUGAUAAACUGACCUGUAGAUAUUUUAAACUAUCCGCUAAGCAUUAAUUGAGCCAUCUUCCUUGAACUGACAUGGGGCUGAGACACCAAUGCAGAGCUAGUUCAGUUAAUUUAAUCCAGAGUCCUGAUGAGCCCCUUUAUGUUUUGUGAUACAUGCAAACAAAGCAAAAUUAAACACUGCUUAUUAAUAUGUGAAAUGGAGUUCAGAAGGCGAUGACAACAACUGCAUUUGCCCCAAGUUUGAGAGCAAAUAUUACUAUCAAAUAAUUUGCCAAACAUCAAGACACUUUCCUAGGAACAAUCACAUUGCUACCAGCUUCAGAAGAAAGGACAAAAUUCCUAGACUUACUGCUACUUUACAAAACUUUUGGGAAAAGGAUCUACAGCCUGGAGAAGAAGUAAAAGAGGCUGCUAUUCGAGAGAAUGUAACAUGGGAAUAUAUCUCCAAGGACGAGUCAAAUUGCCAGAAGGAGCUGACUGCGGAAUAAAACUUCAGCUGCACCUGAAAUCAAAACAUCAUCUAUCCUGGAGUCCCAUGUAUCUGAUAGUCAGCCGAUCUUCACCUUUAAUCCAUUCAAUGGAAAUGGCAUGGCAAAGACACAAAGUACCCAGAAAUUCACUGAGAAAAAGCUGCUAUCCUCAGCGACUCAGGAAACUAAUGCACAUAGAGAGGGGAAUGCACAGUCUGUUGUGGACAAACAUGAAAACCAAUCACACGUCAGCAUAUCUCCUGAAGGAAUGUCCUGGGCGUACCCAGAAUGUUUGGGUGGACCUGAACUGAAAGAUGAGACAACGAGUCGGAGAGAAGAGGAGGAAAGCAGCCAAGACUCUGGCUCAGCAUCCGAACCUCCAGCUGCAUCUCCGUCAGCAUCUCAGGAUCUUAAUGCAGUCCAGAGUUCCCCUUCAAUUCCCUCAGAAUUACAGAGCCCUAGCAGGUCUUCCUUAGAAUCUGAGCAUUUUGAUGCAUGUCCCUCACCAACACAAAACUCAGUAAAUGAAGCAGAUCAGCCAGAGCAGGUCACCAGCUGCAAGUCACCAGACAGGAUAGAUUGUGAACAGCAAGUGGAAAUCGACAACUUCCUCAACCCGUCGGCUGAUUUCCUGGAACAGAUUAUGGACGAUGUUCCUACUUGUGUGAAGGCUACCAUGACAAAUGAGAAUACCCAUCAACAACAUGAGGCAGAUACCCAUCUCCUAGCACUCUCCACGACAUUUGGAAUGCUCAUGGAUGAGGGAAUGCAUUUGCUCAGGAAGACCAUGGACAAUGUCCAUUCCAGUGUGCUGUCCGGCAACAAGCAGAUGCACACGGACAUGAUUCAUCUUCAUCAUAUUAUCCACAUGGGCUGGGUGCAGUUAGCCGAUCAAAUGAGCUCUCUGAUCAAAGUGCUUACCACACUCAUACAUAACCAGCAAUCCUCUUCCACCUUGUUGCAUAAUGUAGCACUUCAGCGUACCAUAGCAAUAUCUGAAGGCCAUUUUCCAGACUACCUCAGGUGUGAAACCACUUCAAAGAUAGCGAAAGAAACAGUGCCCACAACACGUUACAUUCCAGAGGAAUCUUUAAUCAAUGCUUCUUCAGAAAACCCAGCUGCCAAUUCUUCUAAUUCUGAAAUGUAUAAAUGAAAUGGAAUAUGUUAGCAUCUUCCUGAAAUACACAUUCUGUGCAAUGAUGAGGUGCCAAUAUUGUUUUUGAAUAGUUCUUUUACUUAGAAGGUUUAAAGAUAAAAAGAGACUUCAUGAUGUAGCACUUUUCAUGGCCACCAAUGUCUCAAAACACUUUAGAAAUACUUUGUGAAGUGAUAGUCACUCUGUAAUGUAGGAAAUAUCGCAGCGAAGUUGCAUUCAGCAAACUCCUCUGAAUAGCAAAUUAAUGAUGAGCACUUGAUCCUUUUCUGUGAUACUGACUGAAGUAUAUAUAUUGCUCAGGCUUCCAGUCAUGAGCCUCCUUUUCUCUUUCAAAAAGAUAGCCAUGGAAUCUUUACAUCCAGCCAAGCAUACAGGUGGUACCUCAGUUUAACAUCUCAUUUAGAAGAUAGCACCUCAGACUGUGCAGUGCUCUCUAAGUACUGCGUCUGUGUGUCAGUCUUUAUUUCUAUUCUUAAGUCUUGACUGGGACUUCGACCCAGAACCCUGUGGCCCAAAGUCAAGAACGUUAACAACUGAGUCACAGCUGAGACAGAAGUAGAGUAUAAAAGUUGAUUUUAUACUGAAUUAUAUUCAGUUAUUCUGACAGUAUCACAGAGUUUAAUAAGCAAAAUACUUGAAGCAAAUAGAGUCAGUUCCAAUCAUGUGGCUUCCUUUUUUAGAGUUGCAAUUUUCUACUUAAGAUGCUCUAGCUGUCACAGUAAAUACAUUUAUUCUUUCUAGUGCUUCCUCUAUUGACUUUUUCUUCUAUACUAUAUUCAUCCAUAAAUCUGUAUGUACAGUGAGCCAUUCAACAUGGUGGCAGCCCACCUUCAGGAUGAAUCUCUACCUAUCUAUAAAUAUUUGGGCUGAUUUUUGGUUCCCAGCCAAAACGACAGCAAAGUGAAGCUGUAUGCUUGUUGGUGUUGGCAGCAUGAUGACUGUGCCUGGUCCAAUUGCCAGUCUAGUUGACAUGCCACUCCCUGACUUCCUACCACAAGGACUGGUGAAGUUGGCAGGAAGUUGCUGUAUGAUCCUUAGAAUUGUGUGACAUAGGCACUUCUAGGAGUUUUGAGAGCAAAUUAAGUGUGUCAGAGGGUGGGUGUGUGAUCCGGGGCUUUUGAUAGACAGGACAGUUUAGUUAGUGCUUUAAAAUUCUUGGGAAGUGAGUAUCACUGGCAGUGCCAAGAUUUCCAAUCCAUUCUUGAUAGAUUCGUGAUUACCAAUUUAGUAAAGAUUAUUGAGAAUGUGUGGAAAUGUAAAGUGGAAGUUAAAAUCAAAUCAGCCAUGAUCUUAUUGAAAAGUGGAGCAGGCUUGAGGGGCCAAAUGGCCUACUCUCAUUCAUAUAUUUGUAUUCCUAAUUAUCCUUGAAAAGCUCCUGGUGAGUUGCCAUCUUGAACCACUACAUUCCAUGUAGGUUUGUUACUCCAGCUGUGAUUUAAGGAAGUCCAGGAUUUUGACCCAGUGGCAGUGAAGGAGCAGCAAUAUAUUUCCAAGUCAGGAUAGUAUGCGGCUUGGAGGGAAACUUGCAGAUGGUGGUGUGCCAUUCAUCUGCAGCCCUCGUCCUUCUAGGUAGUAAAGGCCUCAGGUUUUUUUUUUCCAUUGCACCUGGGCAUUGCUGACUGGGCUAGCCUUUAUUGCUCAACCCUAAUUGCCCUUGAAGGCGGUGGUAAGCCAUCUUUGUCAACAACUGCAGCUGAUGGAGGGGUGGGCACAUCGACAGUGCUGUGAGAGAGGAGGUUCCAGGUAUUUAGCCCAUUGACAGCAGAGGUAUAGCAAUAUAGUUCCAAGACAGGAUGGUGUGUGGCUUGAAGAGGAAUUUGAUUUAGGAGAAACCUUAGUGAAUUUGCGAAUGGAUCAUAUACUGUUGCCUGAAUGCAUAGAUAGCAGGGGGAAUAAAUAUUAAUGGCAGGGAUAGGGAACCACACGAGCAAACUGAUGUCCCCAGGCUGUCUAGAUUCUUGAGUGCAAUUAAAGGUGCACUCAUCCAGGCAAGUGGAGCACACUCUGUCUGAUGUUUGACCUGUGUCUGGUAAAUAGUAGACCAGAUUUUGGGAAUCAGUAGGUGAGUUACAAGCCACAGAAUUCUCAGCUACUAACUUGCUUUUCUACCACAGCUUUUAAAUUGGCUAGUCCAGGUCAUUUUUUUGCUUAACAGUAAGCCUCAGCAUAUUGCUAAUUCAGGAAUCAGCUUUAGCAAUGCUGUUGAAUAUCAGGGAAGGAUGGUUCAGUUCUCUGUGGUUGGAGAUGGUCAUUGCCUCGUAUUAAUAUAAUUUACCAUUUGCCAGCCUGAGCAGAAACAUUGUCUGGGUCUUCCUGCAUGUUGGCUCACAUUGGCCCACUGGUUUAGCACACUUUAUCUUUGGGGUUCAUUUUGUCAUGCAUGUGUAAAGAGACCGUUCCACAUGCACAUGCACCAUUAUUACAACAUUGUAAAUGUAUCCAUUCAGUAAAUACACUUUCUGAAAAAUAAUGCUGCUAUAAUAUGUGAAGUAAAAUCUUUCUACUUAAAGCACUGGCCAAAAAUUUUCUUUGUUGUGCAUUGAUGCUUGGCACUCCUUGUACAGCAAUGCAUUAAGGCCAACUGUUUUUCUGACUGCACAGUGUUAAGUGUAAGGCCUGAUUUGAAAGAGGAUUUAAAGAAGUGUAGUAAUGGCUGAGUGGAGUUAGAUGGAUCAUCCUCUUUAUUAUCCCACCCCAAAAUUUCCUUAUUACGUUUACAGGUAUUUUUAUCCACAGGUAGGAAUGUUUUACCAUGAAAUUAUAAUUGUGCCCUGAAAUACAAAAGAAAUUAGUUAAGUAACCUGUCACAGACAUUGAGAGAGAUAUCACCCAUUUGGUACUAAUUUUGCUGAAAGAUAGAUAAUCACCCCUCCACACCUGCAAGCUGAGCCUGAUUUCAAUUUCUGAUUAUAAUUUAAAAUAUGAUUAAUGAGCACAUAAAUAUCCUGAGGAAAAUCUAAUCAGGCAUUGCUUGUCAUGAAUCUAUUCAAUUAAAAAUUUGGUUUUAAAAAAAUUAUCAAUAAGAUGGAACACUAGGGAAGAUGAGUCAAUGAAGACUAAGAGGCUGGAAUAUAAUGAAGUUUGCUUUUUCUCUUUAA